GUCUUGUCACGCCGUGACUGACGCGAUCUUGGGACCACCGCACGAAUCCCCGCCUCCGACUCCUCCUCCUACACCGUGACUUGCUACCGUGCUAAUGUGCCCUCAUUAUGUACACGGCAGUAAUACAUCAGGUAUUUCCCAGCAUAUGCACAUUUCUGUACGUUGCCGACUCCUCAUAGCCCGGCGCUACCGUGUCUUCUAUGCAGGGGCGUCCUGAUGUUGGUGGGCACUGCCAUGUAGCCAACAUGCAGCUCUGAACCACACUAGCGCCGCGAAAACAGGACCAUGCACAUCAAUACUCUCACCGUUAUGACCCCUCUCCUUCAUUCCUCUCUUUCAUUCGAGCCUGAGUCGGCUUGUGUCCAUCACCUACCCGCCCUCUGCAUCGAGUAUGGUAUUCAACUCCAACCUCUUCGGUCUCAUCACGGGAGGCCUCGGCCUCAUAUCAAUCAUCCAGCUUCUGCUCGCUAUUCUGCGGUACUUCUCCCCUCUCGUUUGCUGCAGGAGCUCGACCAGACACUCCGCGAUACACGCUCGAUGAUGGAGAAAGCCCUUGAAGGUGGCUUCUUUGAGAACUCUGCGCCUCGUUGGACUGAAAUGCGGGAUGAGUUGGAAGGGAUGGAGGAAGAAGCGUAUGAACUGCGCAGCCAGACGCACGGCCUGCAUUCGGUUUGCCAAGAGCUGAAGGCUGUGUGUUGUGGCCUGUCAUUCAAGCUUCAGCGGCUGUGCAACGAGGUUAAACGCCUCCGGGGCACGAUCUCGAGCGAGACGCACCUAGCUCGACGCAGAAUUGCUUCUCAGCGAUCAGACGCAGUAGCUGCACCACCGUCUUACAUCGGGGACAUGGUAUCACAACCUUUCCUCGCAAGCACGAAUCGGUCAUCUACAGAGCGCAUCGGCAUCGGCCUCGAGUCUUCUUUGCUCAGUGAUAGCUGCAUUAUCGCAGCGGACGGACUUGAAUAUCAAGACGUUGUGAAUGAGAAGAUGCCAGACAUCGUUCCAUUCCACGAUUGCGGGCGCACCCCCUCGCCAGGUCCUGUAACAACGGCGAGUAACGAUGAAACGAUUCACAUGAAUGGUGGCGCCGUACACGGUGCGCACGAGCCUCUGGCCUCGCGCGGUCCGGCGCGCCACGCCCCGCGCGUGAAGCGCCCGGCUAAGCAAACCCUACCGAGGAUUCUAUGCAAAUGGGGUGCCGAAUCCUGCGGUGUCCUCAUCAGCGACAUCUCUUCCAGCGGUAUACAAGGCCAUCUUCACUCGCAUCACGCCAGCGAGCCCCCGAAUUGUUGCCAGUGGCACGUCGGUGACUGCGAGACCGAUGUGUGUGGCGAGGAAGUCAAUGACGAGCAUCAUCUCAGCCAUCAUGUCGCUCUGGCCCAUUUGAACGGUAUACCCAACCAUGUCAUGCGUGGACGUCCUAUCGGGAGCUCGUCGCACUAGUCGCGGAUCUAUCUGAAGGUAUUCAUCUGUUCAAAUGUGACGCAGCUACAGCUGAUGAUGGCGAACCUAGGUGUUGAAUUCAUUUUGCUGUUUCAUUCAUCACGAAUUGCCACGGCCGGUCAACGAUUUCAUGGUAAACUGGGUUCAUUAUCGUACAGUGUUGCGAAUGUAUCGGCUACAGGUUUUGUACACGGACGACGUCCAACACGAGACUAUGCCAUGAAUAU